AUGCCGGGGACGGGAUCCGCCGGAAGACCAACUCUUGUCAAGCCGCCUCGUCUCCCAUCCUCCACCAAACUCCAAAAAGGUUUGGAAGAUGGAGGAAAAGGAGAAACGAUCAGGAAGGCGACUUCCCGUAUCGGAAGCGCCGUCAGUGUCGCGAGUACAUCGCGCAUGUCCGAAAAGGAUGCUGCUGGUCUCAUUACUGACUUGACUCGUCUCAAAGCGAUCACACAUGAUAUACGUAUUCCAGCUAAAGAGUUGCCUCAUAGGCGAGCCAUUGACCUUGAGGAUAGGAAUGAUGAUGGUUUCGAAUUUAACGAUGGUGUCUUUCAAACAGAAGUUGCCUUGCCAGAAGAGCAGCUUGAUAUCGUCAAGCGAUGGCAGGAAAAUACGGAAGUGUCAGACGAUGAAUCUAACAUAGACGAUGAUAUUGAAGAUGUUUUUGGUGAGGAUGUUUUAUCAGUGUCGUCUUUAGGAACAAAUCCAGACGAUGACGCAGACAAGUACGAUACUGAUCUCGAAGGGGAUGUCGCUGACAUGCCAGGUUCAGAAAAGCUGGAAGAAGACAUGACUCCAAAAGGACGUUAUUUAAAAAUAUGUGAAGAUAUGGGCAUUCAGCCUGCCACCUACUUCAUCAAACAUAUGUCAGAAACUGAACUCGUUAUGAAGUUUCACGGACUUGGACCGAUAGGCAUGAAGGCCAUGGCUGAGUCUUUAAUGAUAAACACAAUAUUAGAAAAAAUCGACCUGGAGGGGAACUACAUUCUAGGAGAGGGCACAUCGCACUUGACUAGAGUCUUAAAAGAAAACGUAUACGUGACAGAAUUGGUGCUAACGGACAAUAAAAUGGGCACCGAAGGGGCUAAAGCAAUAUGUGAACUUCUCAGUGAGAACAAGACGAUUAUACAUCUGAAUCUUUCAGGGAAUGACAUUGAAGACAGUGCAGCAGAGUACUUCUACGAAAUGCUAACGAGAAACGCUGCGAUAAAGACCUUGCUGCUCCAACACAAUAGUUUCGAAGAGAAAGGAGCGGAAUGGUUCGCCAUGGCUUUGAAUGAAAAUGUAUCCUUGGAGUCUCUAGACCUCAGUUGGUGUCAUUUCCAAACCAAAGGAUGUGUUAUGAUCGUUGAAGCUUUGAGGGAAAAUGUUGGACUAAAAUACUUCGACAUUAGUAUGAACGGUUUCGGUCUGGAAGGCGCAAAAGCGAUGGAGGAGACCCUUAAGGAGAACAAAUACCUUAUCAAGUUAAACCUCAGUUACUGCCGCAUCCCACUAGAGGGCACGCCACACAUCGCUGCUGGGCUACAGACAAAUGACACGCUAGAGGAACUUAAUAUUGGUUUUAAUCCGCUGUCAGCAGAAGGGGGCUUUGCGAUACUGGUCGGAAUCGAGAGGAAUACAACAAAAAUAUUAAAGCUGAUUGAUUUUGGGAAUCUUAUGAUAAGGAAAAAUUUCAAAGAAUUAUGUGAUAGGCUGAGGGAAGACCGGCCAAUCAAAAUAAAGUUUGGUGGCGUGCUAAGUGACCAGCCCCGAGCGAAGAAGAAGGAAGAUGACCCGCUUACCAAACUACUUAAUGACCCGCUCAACAAGCUCAAGCGGUUCGUGGAGGAGGCAGGGUACAGAAUGAUCGACCUCUUGAAACAGUUUGACACUGACAACAGCUGGACGAUAUCAUUAGAGGAACUUCAGGAAGGUGUAAAGAAAACUGGCAUUGAUUUGUCAGACCCUGAAAUAAACGAGCUGAUGAAGCGCUUGGAUAAGGAUGGAAAUGGAGAAAUUGACUUCAGUGAACUGAUUGAAGGCGAUAAUGAGAAUCGUUUGGCUAGAAGAGAAGUGAAAAAGUAUGUGGAGGAAAUGCAGCAAAAGGAAGAACAGAAGGAGAAGCUGGCCAGUGGCGCUGACCCGAAAUCUUACAUGCAGUUAUUGGAAGACACGAGUGCAUAG